UUCCCCGCCAAGCAUCUGCACUUCCCCACAUCAACAAACUAGCACCGACGCCUGCAACUGCAACGCUGCGCGUACACAAGCCAACUGCGGCAGAACUUUGAGGUGAACCUCGCACAUCACGCACCAUGAACCCCCGCAUAGAGGAAGUCAGCGAGUCUGACAGCGACCCCUCCGAGAUGGACAUCGACGACAUGAACGAGCUGCUCCAAGCACGAAAGGUUGACGAGCUGAUCACUGCACGGAACGUUCCCGCCUCCGCCCUCCACCAGGACCGUCAGGAGAUGCUGCAGCCACAAGGGCCAAACGUAAAGACUUCCACAGACCGCGAGAAGUCAAAGCACUACCAAUGCUUAUACCCGGUAUACUUCGACAAAUCGAGAACAAGGGCGGAGGGUCGACGUGUUGGGCAAGAGCUUGCAGUCGAGAACCCGUUGGCACGAGAGAUGGCCGAUGCUGCUGCAAACCUAGGACUGAACACCGUGUUCGAACCUGACAAGACACAUCCUAAAGACUGGGCGAACCCUGGACGAGUACGAGUUUUGCUGAAGAAGGACGGCAAGUUGACGGACCCGGAUAUUAGCAACAAGCACCAUCUUUACAUCCUCAUUGCACAAUACCUUAAGCAGCACCCUACCCAGAGCAACACGCCCUUUAGAUUACCCAUCCAUGGUAUGCCCAUACCGAAGGAGAUGCCAGAACCAGCCGUUCCCAAUGGCUGGAAGCUGAACAAGAUUCUGCCACUCCACUCCCCUGCUAUCACAGGAGGCGGCGUGUCCGAGAACUUCCUACAAGAUAUGAUGGCAGAGAUGCAGGGUCAGAUUGGAGGAGGCGAAAGUGGCGCAAGCAGUGGCACUGAGAGCAAGAAAAAGAAGGACAAGAAGAAGAAAUGAGGAGAUGCACGAUUAGAUGUAAGGCAACACCAGUAGACUACGGACCAGCACAAUUUGGUCGUCUAGUCAGCAGACCAUGGUCCACAAGCCGAGCACACCUCACAGUGCAAUCUGAGGCUGAAUCAAAAUCUGCCAGCACAGCAUGUGGCACGACAGCGCCCGGUACAAGAACGACGGAGGCAGAGAGACAAAUACGAUACAAACUCAACGC